AUGGUUUCUCAUACUCCUACUGCUGUAGAUAACGCAACGGCUGAUAUUGCUGUUCUUUUGAUCCUGAAUUGUUGUCGAAAUGCUUAUCAAGCUGAAGAGAAUCUUCGUCAAGGUCGAUUCCGUCAUGGUGUAUCUAUGGGAAUAGAUCCUGAAGGCAAAACAUUGGGUUUACUUGGUAUGGGAGGGAUUGGAAAGACCAUUGCUAAACGGAUGUCUGGUUUUGAAAUGAAUAUUAUCUAUUAUAAUAGAACUCGAUUACCCAUGCAAGUGGAACAACAAUACAAUGCUACCUAUGUGGAUUUUGAAACAUUACUCAAGACAUCGGAUAUUCUAUCAGUGAGUGUACCUUUGAACAAGCAAACCACUCAUUUAUUAUCUUUCCGGGAAUUUGCAUUGAUGAAACAAGGUGUGGUGUUGGUGAACACGGCGCGUGGUAAGGUGAUCAAUGAAGCGGCAUUGGUGCAAGCUUUGGAAUCAGGCAAGGUACUUGCGGCGGGCUUAGAUGUAUAUGAAGAAGAACCCAAGGUUCAUCCAGGUCUAUUGACCCAUCCUCGAUCGGUGUUGUUGCCUCAUAUUGGUACCUAUACGAAUGAAAGUCAAAAGAAAAUGGAAGAUUUGGUCUUGGAUAAUCUGGUGGCGGCUAUGAAGGAUCAGACUCUUAUUACUCCUGUACCUGAACAUAAAUCCUUUUUUAUAGCGUAG